CUUAAUCAUUCUUACAGUGCUCUCGAUGAAGCAAGAGACGUGUUUGGUGUCGAAGAUUUCAAUUUUGACGAAUUUUAUGACGAGGAUGAAGAACCUGUUGACGAUGACGACGAGGAUCAAGAGGAUAUAAUGGACGAAGAAACAGAAGGCGAAGCGAGAGUGCGACGUGUACGAACAAAAGAAAAAAGCAGUACUCUUCUUGAUGCUAUGGAACCCUCCGAACUAGAACGAGGAUUCAUGGCUCCUAUGGACAAAAAAAUACAACUAGAAGAUAAGCCGGAAAGGUUCCAACUUCGGAAGACUCCUGUAACCGAAGCUGAUGAGCUUGAGUUGGAGCUUGAAUCUAAAUGGAUAUAUUAUCACGCUUUCUCUCACACUUCUGUUUCAAAUCAGUCAACUCUUCUACAUUACGUGAGUGACUUUCGAGGGCAUGAUCGAUCUCAGUGUGUAGAUGAAGCACAGGAAACUAUUAAGGAAGCUUUGAACUUUAUGCGCAAUCAGUUGUUUGAGGUCCCAUUUAUCGCGUUUUACCGCAAGGAAUUAGUGAGCAGUGUUUUGUCGAUCAACGAUCUGUGGAAAGUGUAUGAAUGGGAUGAGAAAUGGUGUCACUUACAAAACAGAAAGAAGAAGAUUUCUCUUAAUCUUCAGCUUAGAUGUGUCUCUUUUUCUCAUAGGGUUCAAAGCGCCAACUCUGUUGAGGCAAUUGGGGAUUUGUCAGCUCAGUUUCAUCUCUAUUAUGGCUCAGAAGUGAAUCGAAUGCUGGAUUGGGAAGCAGCACAGAAGGUGGGUAAGAUUAAAUCAGCGUUUUUAAUACAAAUGUUGAUUUCUGUUCAUAUGCAGUUAUGCGUUGAUAACGGAGUAGGAGAAAUGGUUACCAGGUUCGGAAUUACGGCUCGACAGCUCGCCGAGAAUUUAGAUUGGAAGAAACAUGAAAUAGAACAAGAUCCGGUGGCACCCAAAGUAGCUGCUGCGGAUUACACUAGCUCUGCUUUUCCUACACCGGAGGCUGUUAUUGCUGGCGCAAUUUAUAUGAUGGCACGAGAGCUGAGUCGAGAACCAGCUGCACGUGAGCGCAUUCGGCAGGUUUACCGUGAAAAUGCGAAACUGUACAUACGUCCCACUCAAAAAGGCCGGGAGCAUUUGGAUGAGACCAAUCCAGUGUGGAAAAUGAGCUUUAUCCUCUAUCCUUUUAUACCUGAGAUUCUCUGGUGGUUUAGUUGUAUUAUGGUAUUUUCCAUUUUUCAGUCUAUGUUAUUUUUUCUUCAGGAUGAAUACUCAGAGGUUGUUGAGGAGUGGAAUUCGAUACGUGAGAAAGCAACCAAAAUGGCCAUCGAUGAGAUGCUUCUUCCGUUCCUCGAAAAAGAGUUAGAGCAAAAGUUAUUAGAUGAGGCUAAAGGAAAUGUGAUUCUAGGAGAAGUACGUGUGAUGGCAAUUGCUUAUUCCGCAGAUUUUAACGAGGCAUCAUUUGGAGCUCUGGUAGAUCAAGAUGGUGAUGUCAUCGACUAUUGUCGGAUGGUGCACUUUACAAAACGAUCCGGAGGAUUUGGACCUCAACAGGAACUUAAAAGAGAAUCAAUGAAUUUCUUCAAAACAUUUGUGGAACGUCGACGUCCACAUGUGAUUGGGUUAUGUGGAGAAAAUCUUGAUAGCAUCCGACUUCGACGCGAUAUUGAAGAGUGCUUGAGUAGGAUGGUGUCUGAAGGCGAAAUUCCGCGUGCACCACCAGUUUAUAUUGUGGACAACGAGGCUGCGAAAGUAUACAUGUUGUCAAAAGGGGCCACUGUGAGUACAGAACAUUCUGGAUAUCCGCCCACCUUAUUGCAAGCCGUUUCUUUGGCUCGCCUUCUACUUGAUCCAUUGUGGGAAUACGCCCAUUUAUGGAAUGCCGAUGAAGAUAUAUUUUGUUUGGCUUUCCAUCCCCUGCAAAAUGAAGUCAAUAAAGAAGAGCUUGGCAAUGUGUUAGCUCGUGAAAUUAUCAACCGUGUUAAUGAGGUUGGGGUUGAUGUGAAUAGAUGCUUGGAAUAUCCACAUACUGCCAAUGUUCUGCAGUUUGUUUGUGGUCUUGGACCUCGGAAGGCUACUCAUUUACUAAAAAUGUUGAAACAACACGAUCAUUUACUGGAAAGUCGGACAAAACUGGUAACACUUUGUCGUAUGGGACCGAAAGUCUUCAUGAACUGCGCAGGAUUUAUCAAGAUAGAUACUACACGGGUUGCUGAAAAAACGGAUGCAUACGUUGAAGUGUUAGAUGGUUCCCGUGUACAUCCGGAGACAUACGAGUGGGCAAGGAAAAUGGCUGUUGAUGCUUUAGAGGUGGAUGACUCGGCGGAUCCUACAACUGCUUUAGAAGAAAUUCUACAAGCUCCUGAUCGGUUAAAGGAUCUAGAUUUAGAUGCAUUCGCAGAAGAAUUAAAAAGACAGGGCUUCGGUGAGAAAAAGGCAACUCUUUACGAUAUUUCGGCCGAGUUAAAUCACCGGUACAAGGAUCAAAGAAGACCAUUUACUCCAUUAUCUGACCAGGAAUUGUUUGCUUUGCUAACUAAAGAGUCAAAAGAGUCGUUGGUGGAGGAAAAACGGGUUUGUGGAGUCGUCAUUGGCGUUCAGUUCAAAAAGAUUCCUGAGGACCAACGAGCAGCCUAUUUAUCCGGACAAGAACAUAUGGAUCCGCGUAAAGGUGGGUGUCCUGGCAUACCUGUUGGUAUUCGAGUAAAACUUGACAAUGGUGUGUGCGGUUUCAUCCCCAAUAAGAUGAUUUCAGACAAACCAGAAUCGUUCAAGAACCCUCUUGAAAGAGUGAAGGUGAAUCAACCUAUAUAUUGUCGAAUUAUCAAACUGGAACCAGAGAAGUUUUCUUGCCUUUUGUCAUGUCGCACAUCUGAUCUUAACAAAGAGACUACGGUUGUUCAUGGUCGUUAUUGGGAUUACGAGGCUGCGAAGGAGGAUAGUGAGAAAGACCGUAGUGCCAAAAUUCUGAAGGCUGAAGCAAAUUUUACCCAUCGACAAAUAGUACAUCCACAAUUUCAUAAUGUCAGCUAUAGAGAAGCACAAAGGAUGCUUAAUGGGAGGGAGACAGUGAUGGAUCUGUCUUUUCAGGGUGAUAUGGUAAUUCGACCAUCAGCAAAGUCAACAAAUAGGUUGACAAUUUCGUGGAAAGUGACGGGUGGUGUUGUGGCAAACAUUGAUGUUGAAGAGCACGAUAAAGAUGAGCCGACCGAAUUAGGUCGUCGACUUACUGUAUUGGGUGAAGAAUUUGAUGAUCUUGAUGAAGCAAUAACAAGGAUUUUGUAUCCCAUGGCUGACUUAUGUAGGGAUAUAACAGGUCACAAGUACUACAUGAAAGGAGUCUUCUCUGAGGAACGGGAAAAAAUAGAGGUGAAACUGCGUGAAGAUAAAAGAAUGGUUCCUGGUAGAAUUCCGUACACGUUAACAGCUUCUCGCACCUAUCCUGCAAAAUUUGUUCUCUCUUAUCUGGCAAGAAUAAAACCAUGUCAUGAGUACAUAUCUGUAACUAGCGAAGGACUGAAGUUUAGACAAAGGUUUUUUUCUUCACUUGAUGCAUUGCUAGCCUGGUUCAAGAUUCAUUUUCGAGAACCUCCUCCUGGGUUAAAUUGUGGGUUUAACUUCACCUUUUUUAAACAUAUUUCUGGUGUCCAUUACUUUGAAUUAAAUUUGUAA